AUGUCGUUCACUCACGCACCGCUGCUCGACACGGACGCGUGUCUCGAAUUUCUGAACACACUCGAUUACGGCAAGGAGCACCAUGUUCAGGAGCUGCAGGACUGCGCCACGGCGGAGUAUGUGUGGGGAGCACUCCACGAGAUCUACCCUGCCUGGUUCGACGAGUCUCUGCACCCGUCGAAAUUCGCGAGCGGCCAGGAGGCCCUGUCACAGAUGCUGUAUUACCUGGAUGAGUAUCACGAGAACAAAUAUGCUGGGGACUUCAAGGUCAUCACCGACCACCUGGAUGCCUUCCUGUCAGGCGAUCCCUCUCUCAUUCUGAAGACAUAUGAGUUCGUCCUGCUCGCGACUGUGAACGGAGAGUGCCAGCAGAUUAUCGCGAAAAUUAUGACGAUGAGCCAGCCGACGCAGGAAAUCAUUCAGGCGAUCAUUCAACAGUAUGCUGAGAACGACGUAAGAACUCGAACGCUCUCAGAUGCGCUCGCGGAGUCGAGACGCGACGUGCCCGACUUGGGCCUUGGCCGCGUGCCGAGUAACGCCGGAGGGGCGCUGGCACCCGUGCUGCAGAAAGUUCAGGAGGAGCUGUCUCAGGUCAAGGCGGAGCUGCGGAAGACCAAAACGGCGCUCACGGAGAGCGAAGGCCAACGGGAGGCGCUGACAGACAAGCUGCAGCUCGUCGAGAAAGAACGCAACGAGGAACGAACCAAGCGGACGGUGUUGGAGCAACAACUCGCCGCGAAGAAGGACGUGCUAGUGAAGGACUUCACUGAACAGAUCGAAGACUCUGAUAAGCAGAUCGCACGGCUGAAGGAGGAGCUGGAGAAUGAGAAGAAGGAGAAGAAGAAGUCGGAGGAGAAAAGCCGUGCCCAAAUCGCCGAACUGAAGGAGGAGAUGGAUCUCCUGAAGCAGGAGUCGCGUCGCGUCUCCUCGCUGGAGGUUCAGAUCCAAAACUACAAAAACAAGCUGACAGAAAUGGCGACUCUGAAGGAGAAGAUGACUCAGCUCGAGCUCCAGAACAAGGCCUACAUGGACAAGAUUGUGGAGGCGCAGACUGACAGCGUUGGCGCGCUCGGCCUGAGGAAGCAAAUCGAUUCCUACAAAGACCGAGUCGCAGACGCGGAGGAGCGACUCAGCGCGGCGACAGCGGAGAAGGAGGCAGUCGUCAAACUGAAGGACGAAGUCGAGAAACAUGUUUCGACUCUCGAGAAGAAAGUGGAGGUCAAGGAACUGGAGAUUGCUCGCCUCCAGGCGACGAUUGAGGCAAAGGAUUUCGAGAUUUCUUCGCUGAGCGAGAAGCUUAAAAACAUCGACAAAAACCAGGGACGGGACAUUGCGGAGGAGUUGGCCGCUCUCGAGCGCGAGAAGAAGGCCUCCGGCGCUGAGAGUGCAGCGCGCAUCGUCGAGCUCACCAACGAGGUGGACGACUUGAAACGUGUGAAGCAGCGGCUGGAGAAGAACAACGCAGUUUACGUCGCGCAGAUCGCAGUUUUGCAAAAGGAGCUCGCGGCAGGCUCCUCGAAAGAAGCCGACGCGCAGAAGCUGCAGGACUUGGUCGCGAAGACCGCGAAGCAGGAGGAAGAAAUUAACCAGUUGCGAGAGAGCAAAGACGACAUGGCGAAGAAGAUGAUGGAGACGCUGAGCAAGCGGGAAAGCGGAGGGGGCGGCGACGAGGCAGCGGCGGCCAAGGUCGCCAUGCUGGAGACGCAGCUCGAAGCCGAGCGAAAGCAGGCCUCCAUGCGAGAGGACAUCGUCCGCGCGAAAGUGGAGAAGGAAAUGGAGAACGUGCAGUCCACGCUGAAGAGUCAGCUGCAGUUGCGCGAGCGGGAGACAAAUUUCUACAAAAAGGCUGUGGAGGAGAAUGCCGAGAACAGCAAGAAGGAGAUGAAGCUGCUUUCCUCGGUGCUGUAUGACCUCGGGCUCCGCUUCCAUCGGCUCCAGGCCUACUGCGAUCAACUGAAGAACGAAAACGAGGCCAUUCAGCUCAGGGUUCAGAUGCACCAGCAGGGCUUGUCGGGGCUGGAGUCCCCUCCUCUUGGGCCAGCUGCAGGAUCCGCGGACUGA